AUGUUUACCGCGAUCGGCUUGUUCAAGGACGUCAGCUGUCCAGAGCAGUCUCGAUGUAAUUUACCGAAUUGUAUCUUCGCACACGAUGUUCUUCCCAAGAACACAACGAGCAAUAAAUCCGCCAGAACCGAUUUAGUAGAUGACGAUAGCUCCAACGAUUAUUCGAAUGAGCCCAGAAAAAGACGGCGUCUGAACGAUCGAACACUCUCCCAAUCGCCAGAGAACCACGACAAUGUACUUUCAAAAACCACGCCACCUUCACCAGGUACUACUGCUCGUCCCAUCUCUCCACCACCUCUGCGACGGGCUGGAUCAGAACAAAACAAAGUUUCAAAUUGGCACGUAAACCAGGCCUCGCAAAAACUUAAGCCAAGCACUUUGAUAAAAAUACAAGUAUCUCUCAACCCGCGAAUUUUGGCUAGCCCACCUGCAACACAUACUUUCAGGAUGCAGUUGAUUAAGCUGCUGCACGAGCAAAUGCACCGACUGAAUGAGGAAGUCAAGCAAAGUGAUUAUCUAACACAGGCAGGUAUAGCCUUGACAGGUGAUAUGCUGAUUUUGAAGGCACUUGAGGAAGAAGAGUCGAUAGCAAAGGGUAAUUCAACAGUUUAUGCAAAUGUAGUGAAGCUAAGAAUUGGGAAACUCAAAAAAAUGAAGCUCGCGGAUUGGAAGGAAGAGAGGCUGGCUGAAAUUUCCAAAAAACCCAGCUCAAAAGCCGCCUCUCAACCAAAAUCAAGUCGGAAAGAAAUCGUGACAGGUUUGACAUCCAUUCAGGAAGUUUCAUUGUUGUCGCGGCUUCUUGCUAAGCAAGCAGGCCUCGAAAAGUAUGGAUAUGUAAACAAAAAGAUUCCCCAGACUGAUUUGGAGCGGGCCCGUAAUGGACUCGACUCUGCGCACGGCUGGGAGCAAUGUGAGAGAUGUAAAACGCGUUUCCAGGUAUUCCCCGGUAGGCGACAAGAAGAUGGUGCCCUAACGUCAGGUGGCACAUGCACCUAUCAUCCGGCGAAACCAAGAAGGCCGAUUGCGAUUGACAAGGCUGACAAAAUUUCUAAAGACUUAGCAUAUGCUUGUUGCAAAGAAAGCAUUGGAACUUCCGUAGGAUGCACCAAGGCCUCAUCACAUGUCUUCAAAGUCUCCGACCCUAGUCGCUUAGACCUUGUGAUGCCAUUCACAGAAACACCAGAGAACCCAAACGUAGCGCUUAAACACCCCGCAAUCUGUUUUGAUUGCGAAAUGGGCUACACUACUAUGGGACUCGAGCUCAUACGCCUGACAGCCACAGACUGGCCAAGUGGCAGUGAAGUCCUCGAUGUUCUAGUUCGCCCAAUUGGUGAAGUACUAGAUCUCAACUCACAGUUCUCGGGAGUAUGGCCAAAAGACUUUGCAGAAGCUUUGCCUUAUGACAGCAAGCCCAGUGUUGACACUGUGAGCGGAGCCAAGGGAGAUGUUCAAACUGUGGGUCUUCCCAUAGUAGAUUCGCCUUACGUAGCUCGUGAGCUACUCUUCUCUCAUCUCAGCCCGUCUACGCCUCUGAUGGGCCACGCGCUCGAUAAUGAUCUCAAUACGACAAGAAUAAUCCAUGACUCAAUCGUUGAUACGGUCCUACUCUAUCCACAUCCGAAGGGCCUGCCAGUACGCUUCGGUCUGAAAAUGCUGAUGAAGAGACACCUUGAUUGUGAUAUUCAGAUGGGUGAUGGGGCGGCAGGACACGACUCAAAAGAGGACGCGAGAGCCGCAGGCGAGCUGAUCAGAUGGAAGGUCAAGGAGACUUGGGAGAAGAUGGGAAGGGAGGGCUGGACAAUCGAAAACGACAAUUUUCUGCCACCGCUGACACGUGCUGAAGCGAUGCGGAAAGAUAUUGAAGAAGUCAAGAGUAGAGCAUUGACUUCGUAA